AUGUUCCAGGGAAGCUGGAUGAUUGGAGCCGCCCUGUUACUGCUGCUGCACAACCCACGAGAAACAAAGAAGGCAGCGGCCGUCCAGGAGGAAUCCAGCCAUAAUGGAGAUCGUUGGGUGUGCGAGUACGGAGUACGGAUAGAUGAAUACCUGUUGCACCGUCUCCGUACACCUACAUACUCCGGAUGUGCAUGCUGGUUCCGUACUGCUCGUGUUAAGAUACUACCACCCUUGCUUGGAGGACGGGCAAAUAUAGCGAAUAGAGCCAGCCACCAGUUGUUAUCGGCUGAGGACGGUCAGGAGUCGAGGCUUAACUAUGAUCGUUGGCCCUUUGGUUCUCAUUCGGGUUCAGAUAAGUCCUCUCAAGGCGAGAAAUGGCUUAUUUUAACUCUUUCGAGAGGCUUGUUCAUUACAUGGAAGUACGGAGUAAAUGGGGGUGUUACCAAAUAUGCGGUGGACUUUGGACUCAAUUUAGCCUUCCUGGAGAGUAGGCUGUUUGAUAACUCGCUCCCCGUGCCUACUCUGACAUCCACCAACGUAUCAGACUUCAACCGCCGCCGCAGAACACCCUGA